AUGCGAUUCGGCAACCCCAUCUUGGCCGAGCCUCAGGCCGGCGCCUCUGAGCAAGUUGCCUCCUUUGUACAGACGCCGCUAAAACCGAACCGAGCCUUUACUAUCAACCCAACUCCGGCUACCUGCUACCCUCAAACCGGGUCUCCCGCGACCGCGAUAAUCCCCGGCACGGUCACCCCCCAGACCGCCUUUGCGAUAACGCUCUCGCCCACCUCGGGUGAACCCAAGUCUACUUGGGACCGCUCUCAACACCACUCCUUGGACCGCACCCUGAGCAGUCAGACCCUAAGGAGUCCCCCUCCGGGGACUGCUUUGAUGCGGAAUCCCCCGAUGAGGGAUCACCCAAUAGGAAGCCCCCCAAUGGGCAGUAAUGCAUUCAGCCGUACGUAUGCCUCUCUUGGAACCAGUCCGCUGGGCGGCAGUCCGCUGGGCGGCAAUACGCUGGGUGGCAGUCCGUUGAGAAGGAGUCCCUUGGAAAGGGGGGAAAGGGGAACGUUGGAAAGGGGGUCGUUAGACAACGCGCCCGUGCCGCGGUCUGUUGAGACAACCGGUCCUUUCUACGAUGCUUCCUACGGUGCUUCCUACGGUCCUUCCUACGUCUCGCCGAGGUCCUUCCGGACACACCCGCCGCUGACGACCCCGCUUCUCACUCCCUUGUCGGAGUCGGUGGUUGCCAGGAUCGCGCAGGGCUCGGCGGUGGAAGGGCAGACAAGAUGGUUGCAUUCCGUUACCUCCGAGCCUUUGACCGAAACUUUGGCUGCUUCUGAGUCUUUGGCUGCUUCUGAGUCUUUGGCUGCUUCUGAGUCUUUGGCCACUUCCGAGCCUCUCGCUAAGCCUUUGUUUACUUUCGAGCAUUUGCCUGUCCCUUUGGUUACUUCGGAUCCUUUAGCUAAGCCUUUGGUUGACCCUGAGGUCUUAGUGGCCUCCGAGCCUUUGGUUACGGCUGAGACCGCCGUGACCCUGGCAGCGGAGAGUAAGAACUCAAGUCAGAACUCAAGUCAGUACCCGAGGACUAGUGAGUCCUCGAGCUCUUGGUCAGCCAAGGCCUCUUCGCCGGCUCCGUUGUCUACUCGAGCUCUCGCGUCUCACACAAGUCUGCUGGCCGCCCAGCCGUUCGUGUGGGCCUCCUCCUCAGGAGACAAACUCCUCCGCAAAAGCCUGUCUCCGAGUACCGCCGCCCCCUUCGCCGAGGAUACCGCCAGCUACUCCGUACGAGCCAUGCCCUCGACCACACGUCUGCGAUCGCCGCCCGCCGUGUACAGGUCGUCGUCCACCUCUCUUGUGUCGCCCUGGACAGCGUGGACUAGUCGAACCUCGGCCGUCGCAGACCCGACGAACGACUUGACCACCGCGAACCGAGGGAGCGCGUCGCCCCCUUUCAACACCGCACGCGUGGUCAGGACUCUCAGUAACGCCGCCACCCCCGCGCCUCUCGCGGCUAGGCCGAACUCGCCUCUCUUCGACCGGCAGAGCACAGGUAUCCAGAGCACAGGUAUCCAGAGCACAGGUAUCCAGAGCACAGGUAUCCAGAGCACAGGUGCCCAGAGCACAGGCGCCCAGAGCACAGCCAUCCAGAACACAGGUAUGCAGAGGCCUGCCGUAGGUGAAAGUCUCGGCACGGACUUCGGAAGGGUAACUACGACGGUGGUAAAAACGAGCAGUCCUACUUGGGGCCGGGCGGUAGACGAGAGCCGCUCUCCACCCUCGCUCAGCACUCCGGAGUGCUCGUCCGCACGCCGAUUCACGUUCGUGACACAUCCCUUGACUUUGUUCGAGAACGCCUCGACACCCCUUGAGUCUCCGAUGAACUCGGCGAACUCGAGAUGGGUAAAUGUAUCUCCGCAACAUACAAGCACUCUUCUAUACACCACGGGCAUUUGCAAACCCGGUGGCAACGAAUACGCCUCGGUGGUCCUGGGUCCCGACCGAAGAGACCAAUUCCUGUUCGUGAUUAAACCCCAGGACUUCGGCGCUCAGGAAGACUUUGGCACCCAGAAAGACCUUGACUUUGGCGCUGAGCCCGCUGUUGCAGUUCCAGCACCUGCCCACCAGUGCCCAGGACUCGGCCAAAUUGUAUCGAAUACACACAACUCGUACGGUGGUCGUGGUGACCCCUUCAGCACGUCCGAAGAGCCAAGGCCCCAAGAGCCAGGGCCUGAAGACCCAACACCUGAAGACCCAACACCUGAAGACCCAACACCUGUUCAAGACCCAACACGUGUUCAAGACCCGAGAUGUCAGGAGCCCACACCCGAAACCCUGUUUUCCAGUAGGGCUGAAGAGGAAGACGGGCCGCUUUGCAGCCUCAUCAGUGAGGAGGAUAUUACGGUCCCGGAGAUAAAUUUCCGGAACCGUCAGUUGUCAGACCAGCCUCCGUCGGAGCAAGGCCGAUCCUCGGCGCAUGCAACGGCCACCGUGGGCGACGGAAUGUCAUCGCAAUAUUGCGCGGUUACCGAAGAGAGAGCCACGGAGGGAAUGUCGUGUGCCAGUGAGGAGGCCCUGACUGGGUUGGCCCUGACUGGGUUGGCCCUGACUGGGUUGGCCCCGGCUGGGCUGGCCCCGACUGGGCUGGCCCCGACUGGGUUGGCCCCGAGUGAGCAAGUCUCGAGUGAGCAAGUCUCGAGUGAGCAAGCCCGGGCAGAGGUGACGACACGGGCAGAGGUGACGACACGGGCAGAGGUGACGACACCGGCAGCGGCGGAAAUUGUUUCUGGAUACGUGGAUCGUGGCAUGGCGGGUGAGCUUGAUUUGGAGGGAGCCUUGAACGGAGGCACUUGGGUGACGUCUGAGGGUGGGGUGGAAUGCAGCCGUCCUUUGAUGGACGCCCAGAGCUGGGGCGUGGCGGGUUACCGAAACCAGACUAUCGGUGUGGGAGGCGACCUGUCAGACGAGUCUGACGCCAGACAAGACUCCCUGUACCACAAGACGCCUGCUGUGGUGAACCGUGAGUGUUAUGAGGGUACAGGCACCCGCACCCACAGCCUGGUCAGCAAUGGCCCGGGUAACUACGGCGCGGCCGAGGGUAACUAUGGCGCGGCCGAGGGUAACUAUGGCGCGGCCGAGGGUAACUAUGGCCCGGCCGAGGGUAACUAUGGCCCGGCCGAGGGUAACUACGGUCCGAUGGGGAAUAGGUACGUUCCGGUGGGAAGCAGUGGUGUGGUACCAGGGAGCCUCUUGUCACGGAGCCGCCUGGGCUGCAGCAGUUCGCAGACGGUGUUGAGCCUGUCGAACAUGAGUGACGGUUUGGUCUUGGCGAACCCGGUGGUGAACUCCACGCCCCCGGCAGCGCCCGUGGCCCGGAGCGGGCCCGUGGGAGUGCCGGUGGAGUGCGACCGGGCCGCCUUGUUGGCCGUGGUCGAGGCCUUGAGGGCCCGCGACUGGACGCAAGAAGGCUUCUCGAGGCUGGUGCUAGCGACGGACAAUAAAUCAGUCAUCACUGGCGCCUGCGACUGGCUCGAGACAUGGAAGAGCACCCAAUGGAUCAAUUGCACCGCCAACCGCCAUCUCUGGCAACAACUCGACCAACUCAUUUCGAGCUACAGCGCACACAACAUUCAAGUCGAGUUCUUCCACAUCCCGAGGGAAUGGAAUGAACUCGCCCUCAACCUGGCCACUAACAAACUAUACCAACUGACCAACUGA